UGGCGCUUCCGCUCGCCGCUGCAGCAGACAGACAUGGCGGGGUCUCUGGGCGGCAUGUUCUCCGGGCAGCCCCCCGGGCCCCCGCCGCCCCCGCCCGGCCUCCCAGGCCAGGCGUCGCUCCUGCAGGCCGCGCCCGGGGCUCCGAGGCCGUCCGGCAGCACCCUGGUGGACGAGUUGGAGUCGUCUUUCGAGGCUUGCUUUGCCUCCCUUGUGAGUCAGGAUUAUGUCAAUGGAACCGAUCAGGAAGAAAUUCGAACUGGUGUUGAUCAGUGUAUUCAGAAGUUCUUGGACAUUGCAAGACAGACAGAAUGUUUUUUCUUACAAAAAAGGCUGCAGUUGUCUGUCCAGAAACCAGAUCAAGUUAUCAAAGAGGAUGUCUCAGAACUGAGGAGUGAACUGCAGCGGAAAGAUGCGCUGGUCCAGAAGCACUUGACAAAGCUGAGGCACUGGCAGCAGGUGCUGGAGGACAUCAGUGUGCAGCACAAGAAGCCAGCUGAAAUCCCCCAGGGCUCCUUGGCCUACCUGGAGCAGGCGUCUGCCAAUAUUCCUGCACCUCUGAAGCCAACCUAAGAGCACACUGGCCUGGCAUGCAGCCUACAGCACUGCCAGACAUCUUUCCUUAGAGACGUGGUCUAUUGGAAGAACUCCGUUGAUAGUGCAUGGGUGUUAGUUACUUAUAAGGUGGGAUUUAAAUAUGAAGCCCAGGCUGACCUUGAACCUAUGGAUUCCCCUGCCUCAGCUUCCUUAGUUCUCUAAACCCCUAGAGUACUUUAUAAAAUGCUGAAGCUUUGAUAAAGCAAGUACGUUUUUGUUUUGUUUUGUUUUGUUUGUUUUUUGUUUUGUUUUGUUUUUGUUGUUUUUAACUUUAGGGAUGUUUGGACUGUGAGAGUAAUCACACAUUCUUACUUGGCCUUUGCCAUCUGUUUUGGUAACAUUUUGUCAUUUUUGUGCCUUUAUCUCUGGAUUUUUUUUAGUUGUGAGUUUGGUAAAAACCUGAAGGAAAAGGUUUUCAAUAGUUUGAGAAGGCAGGGGAUAUAGUUUGGUGUCAGCCUUAAUCAUCCAUGGUAGUGGAAGCAAAUCUGUGAAUUUGCUGUUUCAACCCUUUUGAACUACCUCACGAGGCAUCUGACUCAACAAUGCCAUGCUUCCAUAGUGGCACAGGGUGAGCAUAUUUGCAAGUGGUUGAGGAGAGGCUAAAAUAUGCUGCCAGUGUGGUGUUACCGGAGGAUGCUUGCCUUCAUGUUGGAUUUUUAUCUGGGUCCUUCUUCACUGACUUGAAGGCACAUGUAUCAGAAGCAUUUGCUGAGUGCUCUCGGUCUGUGUAAUGAUGGUUGGUGUAAGGAAUGGAGUCAUACGAAGGCAUGGGUGAGGUCUGGGGGGCCAGGGCUGCCUUGGAUUCUCUCUGAGUUUUCUAUGCAUGCUAUUUAUUUGUUUUUCUUUUUUUAGAGCAGAGUACUUCUCUUUACCCAAAACAAAAUAUGCCAUACCUCUUGAACAGUCAAUGCAUUUCCAGCUUUGUUUAGUCUUGUGCAUUUUGGAUUCUUAUCGUCUGCUUCCUGCCUUCCCUAGCACAGCCAUCUGGUCUGUGCAGCUCCUGAAUUCACCCUCACUGCAUAGCUUUUUUUCUCUUUUCUUUCUUUUUUUGGUCAACUUUCUUAGGUUCUCCAUAUGCAUUACGAAUUGUGGCCCUCUCUGGUACUUGCUCUGUAGUAUGCCUGUGAGAGUUAGGCAUUUCCUUGAUUAUGUGUGAUUUUACUCUUUUCAUGUAUGAGCUUGGUUGUAUAAUAUUUAGCACAUGGACCAAUGAGAACCAGCCUGAGGCCAUCAAGUCCCCUUAAUUAGAAUGUGUAAGUUAAACAGUGUUGGAAAAUGUAGGCUGGGCAUGGUGGCAUGUUUGUAACCUAUCAUUUAGGAGGUAGAAGGAGGAUCAGAGUUGAAUGCCAUCUUCAGCUACAUAGCAAGUUUGAGGCUGUUGUAAGCUACAUGAGAUCCUGUUUCACAAACCCCUGUGGGAAACAAACAAAACCACACCAAAACACCACCCACUUUAUGAAGCACUGACUGUCAGCUUUAUAUUUUGUUGGUUUCUUGGCUAAAAACUAAACUGAUUACAUUUUUGUUUGUUUUUCAAUACUAAAGGAGAUGGUGAAAAUACUGGAAACUGUUCUUGGUGUUCAGUAAAGUUUACUUUAAAUUAGUAUAUGUACAAA